AUGUCAGCAACGGCCAGGCGCGAAGAUCCCUUCAAGCCAGCGGCGAGAGUCGCUGGGCAGAGACAGGAUGUCUGGUCUAUUGUCAAUGAAGCCGCCGCUGCUUCUCCCGUUCAACCCAUUGUGAACAUGGGCCAGGGUUUCUUCGGCUACAAUCCCCCUCAGUUCGUCGUCGAUGCUGCCAAAUCAGCUUUGGAUAAAGUAGAUUGCAAUCAGUACUCUCCCACCAAGGGACGUCCGCGAUUAAAGAAGGCUAUCGCAGAUGCCUACUCUCCAUUCUUCGGCCACAAGCUCGACCCCGAGAAGGAGGUUACAAUUACAACUGGCGCAAAUGAGGGUAUGUUGAGCGCGUUUAUGGCAUUCCUGGAGCAAGGCGACGAGGUCAUCGUCUUUGAGCCCUUCUUCGAUCAGUACAUCUCCAACAUCGAGAUGCCCGGCGGGAAAGUCGUGUACGUGCCUAUGCAGCCACCCAAGGAGGGAGCCACAAAGACAACCUCUGCAGGAGAGUGGUCUAUCAACAUAGAAGACUUCAAGAAGGCGAUUACGCCUAAGACGCGCAUGAUUGUCCUCAAUUCUCCACACAACCCCAUUGGCAAAGUCUUCUCGAAGGAUGAAUUGAAGGCCAUUGCCGACAUCUGCGUCGAACACAACAUCAUCAUCCUCUCCGACGAGGUCUACGACCGCUUAUACUAUGUCCCCUUCACCCGCAUCGCGACACUUUCGCCCGAAGUUGCCAAACUCACGCUCACUGUGGGCUCCGGUGGCAAGAUCUUCUAUGCGACCGGCUGGAGAGUAGGCUGGCUUAUCGGACCAGAACAUCUGAUUAAAUAUGUCAGUGCCGCACACACACGAAUUUGCUACAGCAGUGUCUCGCCGCUUCAGGAAGCCACCGCCAUUGGCCUCGAACAAGCUGAUGCGCACAACUUCUUCGACGAGUCAAAGAAGGAGAUGAAGGCGAAGAUGGACAAAUUCAACACUAUCUGGGACGAGCUAGGCUUGCCGUACUCGGAUCCUGAAGGCGGAUACUUCGUGUUGGUCAACAUGUCGAAAGUGAAACUACCGGAGGAUUAUGACUUCCCUCCACACGUUGCGGAGCGACCACGGGAUUUCAAACUGGCGUGGUUCUUGAUUACAGAAGUUGGCGUCGCGGCAAUCCCACCGACCGAGUUCUUUACCCCGGAGAACGCGCAUAUUGUCGAGGAUUGGCUACGGUUCGCUGUGUGCAAGAACGAUGAUAUCCUUGAAACAGCGCAGGAGAGAUUGAGGGGCUUGAAGAAGUAUAUCCAGUAG